AUGGCUCUCGGCCACACCAUCGACAGGGCAAAGGUGGUCGACUUCAGCGAGAACCUCUAUAUUGACGAAUUCGCCAUCGCCUACAAGCGGCCGAAGCUCACCUCCGACAUCAUCGGCUUCACCAGGCCCUUCGCUCUCUCGCUGUGGAUAACGGUGUUCGUGGCGACUCUGUUCGUGUGCGCAACCACUUGGCUCAUUCUACGGUCUCACUCCGCCCUCUCUGACUCGCGGAGGCCGGGGCGCGACGGGGAUCCGGGCGCAGGGAACCGAACGCGUUUUCUUCGAGAUGUUGAGGAGUCUGUCCGCUGGACCAUCUGCCAUCUUAUUGGUCAGCCCGUGCCGCAGGAUCCCGCAGGCAACGGGCCCAGGAUCGCCGGCGGCCUGUGGCUCCUGUCGGCCUUCAUCCUGGGCGUGGUGUACCGGGGCAACCUCAAGGCCAUGCUCAUCCUGCCGAAGGUGGUGCUGCCUUUCGACACCCUGCAGGAGCUGACGGAGACCAACAUCCCCAUCUGGAUCCCCGAGGGAAAUCUCGUCCAUAAGGCCAUCAUGGCAGCAACGCCGGACUCGGCCUACUACCGCCUCCGGAAGCAGAUGCUGGUGCACCUGGACGUCCCGCGCGGCACCAGGGAGACCUUCGCCGGUAUCCACGCCGUCGCGUCGCCCAUGACCACCAUCGUGUUCCUCAUCGACCUCACCUUCUCGACGACAGGAAAAUGCAAAGUGUACGUCAUCUCGGAGCGCCUCUUCAAGACCGUCAGCAUGGGCUUAGUCAUGUCGAAGACGUUCGAUCAGAAGACGGAGCUGAAUCGAGCCAUAAAGCGACUGAAGGAAUUUGGGAUAAUCGAAUACCUGAGGACGACUGACAUGUUCAACGCCACCGAGUGUCUGAAGCCCCUGUCGUCCAGCGUGGCCUCGGGGGAGCUCAGGGCGCUUGACAUCGUUGACUUCCUCGGCGUUUGUGCCAUCUAUGCCUCGGGAAUCACUGUGGCCGCCGCGGUGUUCGUCCUGGAGCUCGUGCUGGGCCGAAGGAGGGAAGGGCGCGGCAGGGAAGGAGCGAAGGAUGGCGGCGAGGACAGGGAACACGGAGGACGCGGGGAGGACCGCAGUGAAGGACAAAAAAGGCGGAACGGGAAAGUGAGGCUGUGGCGACUCGGUGGAUUCGGCGACUCGCAUCUGACCCUCGGAAAUGCUCUCCCAUGCACAUAUUAGAAGGAGAAUUGGAAUUAAGCUCUUAAAUGUUAGAAAUGAAACACAGGUAGAACAAAUGAUGAUUACAUUGUAAAACACAAACGCAGUAAAACGGAGUUCCCCAACUCAC